AUGCUGCACGGCCCCGCCGCCAUGGGGGAACCGUGGCAGCCGCAGCCGCAGCAGCAGCGGCUCCCCGGGCUCGGCAACGCCUCGGAGCCCAGCGCCUGGCCGCCGGCGGCGGGCGGGCCGGGGACGGCGGCGCCGGGCGGCGCGGGGGGCGCGGGGGCCGCCGUGAGCCCCUGGGACAUCGCGCUCUGCGCCACGGGGACGGCGGUGGCGGGGGAAAACGCGCUGGUGCUGGCCGUGCUCUUCUACACGCCGAGCCUGCGGGCUCCCAUGUUCCUGCUGAUCGGUAGCCUGGCCCUGGCCGACCUGCUCGCCGGGCUGGGGCUGGUGGCCAACUUCGCCGUGCGGUACCUGCUGCGGCCGCCCAGCGAGGCGGCGGAGCUGGGGGCGGCGGGGCUGCUGCUGGCCGCCUUCUCCGCCUCCGUCUGCAGCCUGCUGGCCAUCACCGUGGACCGCUACCUGUCCCUCUACAACGCUCUCACCUACCACAGCGAGCGCACGCUGGGUUUCACCUGCGCCAUGGUGCUGCUGAUGUGGCUGCUGUGCCUCGGCGUGGGGCUGCUGCCCCUCCUGGGCUGGAACUGCCUGCGGGACCAGAGCGCCUGCAGCAUCCUGCGGCCCGUCACCAAGGACAACGCGGCGGUGCUGGCCGUCACCUUCCUGCUCCUCUUCGCCCUCAUGAUGCAGCUCUACCUGCAGAUUUGCAAGAUCGCCUUCCGGCACGCCCAGCAGAUCGCCGUGCAGCACCAGUUCAUCGCCACGGCGCAGGCCACCUCCACCCGCAAAGGCCUCUCCACCCUCUCCCUCAUCCUCGGCACCUUCGCCCUGUGCUGGAUCCCCUUCGCCAUCUACUCCUUGGUGGCCGAUUCCAGCUACCCCGUGGUCUACACCUACUCCCUGGCGCUGCCCGCCACCUGCAACUCCCUCAUCAACCCCAUCAUUUACGCCUUCAGAAACCCAGACAUCCAGAAGUCGCUCUGGCUGGCCUGCUGCGGGUGCGUCCCUUCCACGUUCUCCUCCAGGCCAAGGACAUCGAGCGAUGUGUGAGGACUGAGCACGGAGCGAGACGCGCUUCCCUUGCUCUCCUCCUCCUCCUCCUUUUCCCCUCCGUCGUUAUUGUUUCCUACCGGGAGGAACCCCCCCCGCCCCCGGCCAGCACAUCUCGUUCCAUGGAAAGAUGGCCAAAAAGAGAAAAAAGGAAAAGGGAAAAAGAAGGGGGAAAGAGAGAGAGUAGAAUGAUAAUGGUUUCCUUUAGAAAUGUUAUUUUCUUACACAUUUUAUUUUUUAUUUAAAAACACAAAACACCAAAAAAAAAAAAAAAAGAAAAGAAAAAAAAAAAGCAUCUCCGUACGAUGGCGUUUGUCUCCUCUCGGGGUAAGGAGCCGGGGAGCAGCGGGCUUGCCGGCCCUGGCCGGGUGGCUUCCCCCCCCCCCAGCCAAGGGAUACAUCCCAUGGGUGGCAGCCACCA